GGGCAUUGCUCUGAUGCUGAGAGUCAUUCAAUCACGAAAACAAAGUGCUCACAGUAAGGACGUUUUCCAGACAACCAAAACAAUUCUAGUCACAUAAGUUAGGCUUUAUCCCGGUCCAAUCUGGCAGCUGUCGUUACGUUAGUGUGUUAACCACCGAUCAACAUAUCACAACAUGGACAAAUUUCUCCGGUUUUUCAUCAAAUUCCACGGAUACUGUAUCGCCGUCGCGAGCAGCAUUUUGACAGCACUUUUCACAUCGAUUUUCACAUCCAGCUGGGCUUAUAUUCGGUACGAGGAAUUUUACAAUCUACGAUACACCGGCAUCCCGGCGCUUGUUUUCGGCCUCGUCUGGAUGGUUGCCAACAGUUUUCUGUUCAUCGGCAUAUUCAAGGAGAAAAAGACGCUGCUCUAUCCGUUCUGUGUGCUGUUUUUGCUGGAUCUGGUCUUAGUUUUGCUGCGAGAUUUCUACUUGAUGAUUUACGACAGCUCGUGGUACAAGACGGUGUUCUUCAACGUUUGUCUGCCGUUAAUGUUUUUUAUCGUCCCGUACGUGAUCUUGAGCAUGCUGGCACUGAUGAAGCUGUUCGAGGUGGAUCCAAUCGUCAGGACGGACGAUAAUUUUGUGCGGUUCGAUAGACGGUCCAACAGCAUCGAUACGGUUACCAUCAUCAAUUAGUCAAACACCUUCCGAAAUGUGCACAUAAUCUGCCAACGAAAGCUGUUAACCGCCUCAUGUUUGUAACCAGAGAGAAUUCGUUGCUUCGAAUAUGAUUAAAAUUUAAGUGCGUAUUACUCAAAGAAAGCACUCUGAAUAGCGCAUCAUAUUUCAACGAAUUCCCUCUGUAUUUUUAUAAGAAAAAAAAAAUGAAAUUUUAAUCUGGGUGAUAAUGCUAAAUGUUAAGUCGAAUGAUCGCACUGAGUGUGACGUGCAACGAGUGUUCUACUUCCGAAUUUGUGUCAAUAAAACAGAACUGAAAUUAAAUUUACGAAA